AUGGAGCAAGUAAUGCAAGAUGGACCAUGGCUUAUUAGAAAUAAUCCGCUUUUCCUGAAACAAUGGUCGACGAAUACGGAGUUGAAGAAGGAAGAAUUAAAAAAGAUCCCUGUCUGGGUCAAGAUGCAUGAUGUUCCUUUAGCUGCUUACACUGAGGAUGGUCUCAGUUUGAUUGCUUCAAAGGUUGGAACUCCAAAGAUUCUUGAUAAUGAAACGACCAAAAUGUCUUUAGAUUCAUGGGGCAGAAGUGGAUAUGCUAGAGCAAUCGUAGAGCUAGAUGCGGAUAAAGAACUAGAAGAUAGUGUCACUGUAGCAAUACCGAAUGUAGAAGAGGGGGGAUACCUUAAGAGUAAUAUUCGGGUUGAGUACGAAUGGAAGCCGCCACAUUGCAAAACUUGUAAUGUUUUUGGUCAUGGAACCGACGAGUGUCCAACUAAAGUUAAGGAACCAGCUGAUAAGAGAGAUCAUGUCAAAGAGAGUGUUGAUGACCAGGGUUUUUAG